AUGGGAUCGCAUUGUUGCAUGAUCCCCGCGGGAGCAAGUGCCCAUGGCGAGGCUGGCUCCGGUGCGGCGCCAUUUCCUCGCCCCACAGCUCCGCGGGAGCGCCAGGACAGCCGGGAUGGCAACCGGGCACUCCUGGGCUUCCCCCUUGGCUUGGGGGCCUCAAACAACCCCCUCUUCGUUUCUGCCUGUGUCCCGCCCGGAGGCUGCAGCCGGCAAUCCCGCUUUGGCCGUUACUUGUUCCUUACGAUUGCUGAUAAUUUCUGUGUGUGUGAAGGAUGCAGUGUGCCCCGCUGUCUACUGUAUGAAAUGUAUAUAGAAAACUGCAGUCAAAAUGUCAAGAGUCAAGUAAAUCCAGCCACCUUUGGAAAGCUUGUUCGGUUAGUUUUCCCAGGUCUGGGGACAAGAAGGCUGGGCACAAGAGGGAGUGCUAGAUAUCAUUAUGAUGGAAUAUAUGUCAAGAAGAGUUCUUCCUUUUAUGCACGUUAUUGCUCUCUUCUGUCUGAAAAAAAAAAUGGAGAUGCCUGCAGUGCUGGAGAUGCAGCUGGUUACAAGAGCGAUAGCCAAAAAGAAGGAACAGUGAUAAGUAACGAUUUGCACUGUUUCCCUCCUGUCAUUAACUUGAAGAAUGAAGAGGACAGCCUUGAAAACUCGUUGCCUGAAUUCAGGAGAUUCUAUUCUUGGGAGCAAGAGCUGGGGAAGAAACACCCCUAUGAACUGGUUGAACUGCUUGCAGAUGAGUAUUGUAGCUAUUGUCAGGAUAUUUUACAGAUUGUGAGAAGGGAAGAGCUUGAGAAGGUUGAAGACUGCAUCAUGUCAUUCUGGAAGUCUUUGCAGCCUGAAACAACAGCACUUAUGUCAUUGCCAGAUGUGUGCCAGCUGUUCACAUGCUAUGAUAGGCAGCUAUUCAAGGAAAUGGAGAACAUUUUACUUAAUGAUUUCCUGGCGGAUGUGUCUAUACAGUACUUGAAAUCAAUCAGAAUGUUCAGUAAAAAUGUUAAAGUUUGGCUGCUUAGUGCUUUGCAAGAGCUUCCACUACUGCUCCGAAAGUCCAAAUUUAAAGAAGUUACCAUGUUUGUAAAAAGACUCAGAAGAAAGACAUAUCUUUCCAAUAUGGCUAAGACAAUGAGGAUAGUCUUGAACAACAACAGCAAAGUCACUGUUCUAAAAUCAGACUUGCAUGCUGUCAUCGAUCAGGGAUUUGUGGAUAUUCAUGGAAACCCCUUUCAGAAGAAGUUUAAGAAUCCGGAUGACCUGGAGAAUGACAUAGGACUCAAAUGCUUGAAUGACUUAAUAGCUUUGCUGGACAAUUCCACGGAUAUUCGGAUUUUCCUGAACUGUUUGUCUUCAAAUCUUCAGGCUUUUGUCAUUCAGCCAAGCAAGAGUAAAGAGGAGUUUAAAAAAGUGGCAGCUAAUUUCCAGCUCCGAUGGAACUUCCUGUUAACUGGAGUAAGCAAAGCUAUGACACUCUGCCGUACAGUGAGUUUUGGAUCCUGGCAUUUAUUUCAUUUGCUGCUCUUGGAAUAUGUUGCUCACAUUUUCCAGUCCCAUCUAGAGGAGGAGGGAGAUGAAAGUCUCUGUGUCAUAGAGCAAAGCGACUCAACCGUUCUGUUGGUUCAUGAACCCGACCAUCUCUUGGACAGUUUUGCAGAGCAGCAGCCUGAAAGCGAAGGCCCACAGCCAACUCCGGAGACUUUGACGCAGAGCCAGAGCAAUGACACUUUAAGCAACGUUUUUCAGGGUUCUGAGUUGUUUGGUGGACGCAGACACAGGCAGCAAGCUUAUCCAGGUCAUGUUGGAAGACAAAAUUACUAAAACUUCUGUUAAGUUGGAUCUUCCAAUUGGAAAAGAAGCACUUGUUACUCUUAAAGAUGGACAGAAAUUCAUUAUUUGUGCCUCUGAUGCACAGCAAAUCUCCACAGA